AUGAACCCAAGCUCUAUCCACACCCACAAUCCACCCACGCCCACAAUCCACCCACAGAACAACACAACCACAACCCAUCCACAUCCUCAGCCCAAGCACUAUCCACACCCACAAUCCACCUACGUCCACAAUCCACCCACGCAACACAACUACAACCCACCCACAUCCUCAGCUCAAGCACUAUCCAUACCCACAAUCCCCCCCACGCCCACAAUCCAUCCACAAUCCACCCACAGAACAACACAACCACAACCCAUCCACUAUCCACACCCACAAUCCACCCACAGAACGGAAUAG